AUGGGUUCCGUGCGCAACCUCUCUGCGGGAGCUGGCUUCGCCGACGGCGAUGAUCGUGCCGGGAAGAGGCAGAAAUUGCCAGGACCUCCGUCCGACUACAAUCUGAUGCAGGGCGAAAGCUAUGAGUCUACGACCGCUUACGGUCUACACUUCCUCGAGACGAUCCGGAGGACCAAGGACAAGAGCGGCCGACUUGUCGCGAGCUACUUCGAGGACCUGGUUCCCCGCGAGACGAACCCUGAGUAUUAUAACCGUAUCCGCAUGCCGAUCUCGCUGAAGAUCAUCGAGCAAAAACUUCGAAACCAGGAAUUCAAGAACCUGUCGGAGUUGGAAAGCUAUUUCAAGCGCAUGGUGACCAAUGCGAAAGAGUUCUACCCGAAGAAUUCGGAGGUUUUUGAAGACGCGGAGCGGGUGCGGAAGGCGCUGAGCAAUUACAUGACGAAAACCAAUCCCGCGUACAAGCUCAACCCCCGGUACAGCUGUCAAGCAACGCCGCUUCCCAGCGACACGCAAACCGCGGCAGAGGAGGCUCGUGCCCCCGAAAACGGGACAGACGGUGCGCAAGGCGAAGAUGAGAAGGCGAACGGAGAGGAGGCUGCGCAAGGCGAUGAAGAGGAUGCUGAGGGUGACGAGGGUGACGAGGGCGAGGAGGGCGACGAAGGCGGCGAGGAAGAUGACGAGAAUCCCAAGAGAAUUAUCCUCAAGAGGAAAGGGCCCGGCAGACCCCCCCGAGCUGGGUCUGAACAAGCUAGGAAGUUUGACAAGAGCGGGCGGGUCAAGGCAGACCACGAGUACGAAGGCGUGCCCUACAAAGGACUCUCCUUCCAGCAAGCCCAAGAGAAGAUUGUUGAGGAGUUGAUCAGGAAGUCCGAUGGAUCGGGUCCAUACUUCCUCGACUUCAUCAACUUGCCCGCCCGCACCUACAAAGAUUACUUCGCUGUGAUAACUUCCCCUCUAUCCCUGAAAGGCCUGCAGAAGCUUGUCAAGGGGAUCCACGGCCGGCAGCCCGCCACUGGUGUCAGCGACUUCAAAAGCUGGGCAGCAUUCGAAGAAAAAGCGAGCCUCCUUUGGACCAAUGCGCAUUUCUACAACGAGGAAGGAAGUGUCAUACAUUCCCUGGCAACGGAGCUCAAGGAAUGCUUCGAAAAGGAACUUAAUGAGGCCAAGGCACAGGUCCAGGAACCCCCACAACCGAAAAUCAAGCUGAAGAUGACACCAGGGCAAGAGACGCCGGUGGUUGGUUCUAAGAAGAUCACCAUUCACGUCGGCGGCUCUCGUGGUAGCGCGGCGGCCUCGCCCGCACCACAAGCUAACCAGCCGAACGAUUCUGGCCGUCAUGAUGGGGCCACGGACGGCAGCCGCCCUGUUUCCCCUCCUGCGGCAAACACGAGCGGCGCCGGUUUUCAGGCCGACAGUGCCAGGCCUCUACCUGGCUCUGUGGCAUCUCCGGGUCCAUCUUUGGCCGGUCCUACGCCUGGCGUUGUGUCACAGCAAUCCCCGGCGGCUCUUCCGCGGCAGAAUGGCAGUGUGGCGCCAGGUGCGGCCAACGUCCCGAACGGAACGUCCGCUCCUGGCCAAAACUUGCAGUCACAUCCCUCCACUCAUCAACUCCAAAACGGCCAUCCAACCGCCGUGUCGCUAAAUGUGCCACAAAUAUGGGACCACAAAUAUCGUGCUCCCGGCAGGGGCCUCGCCGAUUCUCUAAUGCCCAGUGUGGUGAUUCGGACACACCCGAGCGUGGUUAUGGACCACAGGUUCAGAUUGGAGAUCCCGGCUCACCCGAAGGAAGCGCAGCAGAACCUCGCGAUACAUAUUCCAGGGCAGCACAGCCGAUUGCAGCUCAUUCCUCGCCUGGCUCCGUUCGAGCAGCAGGGCCGGUCGUAUCGUCUGUUUGUAACUGUCAACGGCCAAAUGGUGGGGCGCGCGACGCCACUGCCCGUCGCCGAUGAUCCCUUGCCGGUGAACGCCGUUGUGUUCGAUUUGAGCUUGCAGCACAUUACGAACAUCAUCGGCAUCACGGUCAUUGCUGCCCUCCCCAAGGGCCAGAGGCUACCGAAUGGUUCUGAUUGUGAGGUUGAGAAGCUGGUGAUCAACGCCCAGCUUCUGCGAGUGUAUUCCUAACACGUGACGUGUUGGAUACUGUGUGGGCAGAGGCUGAAGAGUCGGAAGGCGGCACCCUCCUGGAAGGCGCACUAGGUUUCAUGGUUUUGUUGGUCAUUCAAUGUCAUUGUAUGGAAAGCGGUAGCACGGGGCCGGUUGGCGUUCUGGGGGCAUCUGAGGCUCGAUUGGCGUGCCAUGCGCCUCUCGCGAAAGCAGCGAGGCCUCGAGGCCUUUGGGUUUGUUGGACCUCCGUGGUUUCCCCAAAAUAUUCCCGCGUAUUGGGAGCCAAGCAUACCUUAGCUUGUUUACUGAGCCGUCGCAGCUGCGCCACGGUUUGGGUUUGCCCCGGUUCC